UGGAGCGACAGCGGCUGCAGCUGGAGCCCGUGCUCGCCCGCCCGCCCGCUCGCUGGGACCGCGCGCCCGCCCGAGAGCUCCUGCUGGCCCCGCGCGCGAAGCUCACCCUCCUUCUCUCGGGCCGGACGCCAGGAGCAGCUGACCAGACACAGGGAGCCGACCGGGCCCCGGGGCUGAAGGUAAAACCCUGCGAAAGGAACAUGAGGUUUUCCUGGAACUUGUUCAAGAGGAAGGUAGAAGGAGCUGCUUAAGACUGACUUAAAGCUGUACAUUGCAAGACUGGGGCCAGAGGGCUGGCAGUGGAAAACCCUGUUGGGUUGCGACCUCUCUCUGAAAACGUCCACGUGCCUUUUUACCUCUUGCAAAAGAAAGGAAGAGAAGGAGGAGACCAUGUCUAUCGCCUUAAAGCAGGUGUUUAACAAGGACAAGACCUUCCGGCCCAAGAGGAAAUUUGAACCUGGUACUCAGAGGUUUGAACUCCAUAAACGGGCUCAAGCAUCUCUCAACUCAGGUGUGGACCUGAAGGCAGCUGUGCAGCUGCCCAGUGGGGAGGACCAGAACGACUGGGUGGCUGUGCACGUGGUAGACUUCUUUAAUCGGAUCAACCUCAUCUAUGGCACCAUCUGUGAGUUCUGCACCGAGCAGACCUGCCCUGUGAUGUCAGGAGGCCCCAAAUAUGAGUAUCGGUGGCAGGACGACCUCAAGUACAAGAAGCCAACUGCACUGCCUGCUCCCCAGUAUAUGAACCUUCUUAUGGAUUGGAUCGAGGUCCAGAUCAACAAUGAAGAUAUAUUUCCAACCUGUGUGGGUGUUCCCUUUCCAAAGAAUUUCCUUCAGAUCUGCAAGAAGAUCCUGUGUCGCCUUUUCCGGGUCUUUGUCCAUGUUUACAUCCACCACUUCGACCGAGUCAUUGUGAUGGGUGCAGAGGCCCACGUCAACACCUGCUACAAACACUUCUAUUACUUUGUCACAGAGAUGAACCUCAUAGACCGCAAGGAACUAGAGCCCUUGAAAGAGAUGACAAGCAGGAUGUGUCACUAACAUCCAUCUUGCCCUUCAGAAGAGAAAAGCUGUUUCUUCCUGGAGUCCCAAGCAGACAGGAGGGAGACCUCCCUGGCUGAAACGGUGUGCCUCCUCUCAGGAAAAGGUGGAGACCCAAGGUGACUCCUAAGACAUUCCCCCACUCACUCUGUGUGCUCUUAACCCUCUGAGCGCUGCUAGCCACCGCCCCUUGGGCCUGACUGACCCCAGCGCAAGAGAAGGACUGCCCAAGACCUCUUGGCUCAGGAGAAACCUUGGCACACUUCUGCCAGGGACCUGCAGCCUAAGUUUUACUGGAAUUCAGGUUUUAAGACUGAGAUGCUUAUCUGUCUUGUCAGCUGACCGACUUUUCUGUAAUGUAAUGUUCUGAGUACCGAGUGAAUUUUGAAACUCUGGUUGUGCAGCAAGAUUUUCUCAAACAAGCCUUCUUUUUAGCUUGCCGAAAGCUCUCACCCUGAUCCCUUGAUCUAAAUUCAUGCAGGGCGGCAGAGUCUGAGAUCCCAAGACCUCACCUGGUAGCAUCAGUACAAUUUCCAUGAUCAGCAGUUUGAUCAGGGACUGUUCCCCAGGAUAGUUAAGUCUCUGAUGCCAGAAAGAUCUGCAUAACUUAACUUCUUUAACUCCAAGGAAGAUAGUGGUUGUAUAUUUAAGGCUAGCCCUACCCAUUUACCUUGAACUCAAUGUGUUUUUCAUAGCCAUCUUCACUCCUGUCUCUUCCGUUCAAGAUAUGCUUUCCCAGAAAAAGAAAUGACCAAGAAUGAUCAUCAGAAGCCCAGAGCCAGAUUAGUGCAGUGUUUGUUCUGUGUUAAGGGGUGGGGAGUGUUGACUGGCUGCAUAAGUCAUGUCAGUGAAAAAGCAACAGCGCAGUUGGCUAUUUAGUGCACAUAGCUCAAAGCCAAGUCCAUUGACUUGUAACCUUCCCAGCUGGCCUUCUGAGCUCUGAAUCCAGCCAAUGUUUUCUUGCUUCUCUUCUACUCUCUUCCCUCCUUUACCAUGUUAUAUUAUGGUACAAAAUGAACUUCUACCCCUGUGAUUGUGCCACAGUUGCCAAGGUAACAGUGGAACUGAAGCUGCCUUCCUUCUUCCUUCUGUCCCGAUUUUUCUAUUUGGUAGACAGAAUAUCACAUUCUGUGCCACAUCCUGCCUUUUGAAAUCAAGUGAAUUGUCAUUAAAAGAAUAAAUAAAGUUGCCUUUUCUGAUUUACAAAACUGGUGGUCAUGAAUGCCUGUGACUAGUGGAUAAUAAUAAUACAACCAGUGAUCAUUUGAAUUUGACAGAAUAGUAGUUGGUGGAGGGAAAUAAAUAAGAAUGUAUUAGUGCAUUGUAAUCUAGUACUGAUUAAAAUAAAACUAAACAACCCUGA